AUGAAAGAUAACAUAUUUAUUUCUCAAAGAAAUUAUACAAAGAGUAUAGUAAAGAAGUUUGGGAUUGAAAAGGCAAGUCAUAAGAGAUCUCAUGCUGCAACACAUGUGAAAUUAUCCAUAGAUGAUAAUGGUGUUGAUGUUGAUCAAAGUCUACACAAAAGCAUGAUUGGUAGCCUACUAUAUCACACAACAAGCAGACAUGAUAUCACAUUUUCUGUAGGUGUUUGUGCUAGAUACCAAGUUAAACCCAAGGUUGGUCAACUCACUCAAGUGAAGAGAAUCAUGAAAUACAUAAAUGGAACUUGUGACUAUGGUAUUCUCUAUUCUCAUGAUAAUUACUCAAUUAUAGCAUGGUAUUACGAUGUUGAUUGGGAUGGGAGUGUUGAUGAUAGAAAAAGAACAUAUGGUGGAUGCUUCUUUCUUGGAAAUAACUUAAUCUCUUGGUUCAGCAAGAAACAUAAUUGUGUCUCUCUUUCUAACACAGAAGCUAAGUACAUUGUUGGAGGGAGUUGUUGA